AUGGCUUCUAGUGGCUCAGAAGACGAGAAGAUACUCAAGUAUCAGGAGGAGCUGGAGAAUGUCAAUCGCAAAUUGACCGCUGUAAGGCAGGAAACAGAACGGCUCGAGCGUUGUCAAGCUCGACUCGGCGACAAAAUUCAACGUCUCUCCCACAUCCAAGAACGGACGAACUCCGAGAAGCGCAAGGGAGUCCAUCUCUCGCUACCUCUCUCUCUGCUACCGCCCCAUAAUGAGGGCAGCCUUGCGAGGAGUAGGACUGUCAACGAAGGCUCUCGGAGAGCCCUACUCCCGUCAAGCGAAAGUAUUGGCCCCACGUUCCACCGCACCGACACCCGGAAAGCAAGAAAAGAGGCCAUGAUUUCAGUGGUAGAGGAGGACAGCCCAGAUCCUGGACAACAGUUGGACCAUGACGACGAAAGCAAUAGAUCCAUUGACGGCUCAUACACUAUGACGCUAAAGGGCGCGCAACGGUCGCCUCCAGCGAAAAUGAAUCAUCUGGUUACAUCACCAGCGUCUGGUUCGCUGCGGAUUGAUCAGCCCGGUCUCCAAUCGCCAAAUUUCAUGCCUACCUCCAUGCCAGAAGCCCAGAGGAUGAAAAAAAAAUUGGAGAAGAUGCAAGGCUUCAUGCACUACGUCUCCUUUAUUGGAGUUUUGCCAAAUUCCCUUGCGUUCUCGGGACUCAGCUGGCCACAUGCUUGCGAGGGCCAGGAGAUUGGUCGAUUGGUGGACAUGAUUAUCGACCAUAGGACCAAUGGGUGCAUCUGCAUUAAUCCAUCCCUCGAUCCUAUGCCCUCGUAUCGUAUCAGCAAACCAGCACGCUCCUCUCGUCCAUGCAGCAUUGAACGCAAGUUCAAGUCGGGAGUGUCCAACUUUGUCGCCUUGGCGCUUCUCGGCGGACUGGAUGUAACAAAGUUAUAUGAAGUGUGGAAGGUUAUUACGAAGCCGAUCUGGAUCUCCACCUAUGUCGUGGAAAUCGACCGGCAACGCGUCCAAGUCGCGGCGAGCAUUGUCGUCGCGACGCUCGAAGUGGAAGUAGCCCGAAUGUCACCGCGAAGAACAACAAGUACGAAGAUGAUUUGA